AAAAUUUUUGAAUUGUGGGCCCUUAGUCAGUGACUAGCCGUGAAACAGUGCGAACGCGCUCAGCGGCAUAAACUAUAAACUCCGGCGUUCUUCCCCUAAUCAAUCCACCCAAAAAGAAAACCCCGCCAUUUAAACACCGCACUAAAAACAAUUUUUAUAUCGGUUCUCGAGUGCUUAUACAACCCAGAACAACUAACUGAAAAAAACAAAAUUACCAAUGUGAACAUGUGCAAUUAGCUUGCAGAAACUAAUAAACAAAAACAACAAGAAAACCAAAACAAAUAAGAAAACUUUUUAAACUCUUGCUUUUGGGAUUAUCAACAAACAAAAGAGAUAACUUUUCGCAGGACUUGUGAGAAGGAUAACAAACGCACACAAACAGACAAUCAAAAUGGUCAACAAACAGUAUUCGGCCACCGAUCUGGAGGCUUUUAUGAAGAUCGCCGCCAACUGGCAGAAUUCCAACCACAACUUGCUGGAGGGCGUCGACUUGAAGACGGAAAUGACACAGUACAUGAACAGUCCAUCGAUGAACAUGUAUAAGAAGAGGGAACGCACCCAGAACUGGAACCACCAGGAGAAGAAAUACCUGCUCGAUCUGUGCCGCAAGGAUAUGCGCAUUAUCGAGAACAAAAGAUUGGAUGCCGGUCUGACGGCUGUGAAGAACAAGGCCUGGAAGAUUAUCCACCAGAAGUUCUCCAAUCAAUUUGGCACCGAUCGCACCUGCAAUCGUCUCAAGGAACAGUGGCGACGCAUGAAGGCUUGCACUCGCAAUGAGAUCCUGGACUACAACAAUCGCUUGGCCAGAUUCGGAGCCGAGGUGGCCGAUCGCAAGAAGCCAUCGCCGUUUACCUUCGAGGUGUGGGAUUUCAUGCAGGAGGCCAAGAAGGCUUGCAAAUCGGAGGCCCUGGACGGCAUCGACUACUCCAAGAUUCCGCUCGCUUUGGAGGAAGGCUUUGAGUAUCGCGACGACUACAAAUUCAAUGCCGACGAGCACGAUAUGGAUGACAGCAGUCGCACUCCGCCGCAGGAGCUGUGCGAUGUGGACAUCAAGGAGGAGGAGAACAACGAGACCUUCAACGAGACCUUCAACAAUCACCAUCUCAGUCAGAGCGACAUUCAUGGCAGCGGCGAGCGUCUGAGUGUGUCGCCCAAUCACAGCAUCAGUCGCAACGGGAUCCAUGAGGCCGAGAGUCCUGCCACAGUUUCCGCAGCGGCUGCCUUGGAUGCCAGCGGUGCCUUUCUGCCCGGCGGAGGAGCCGACAUGUCCGGCUUCCAGGCCAACUUCAACAUGAACAACAUAUCCGCCACGCUGGAGGCUCUGAAUGCCCUGCGAUCUGGCCAGUUUCCCAGUGCAGCAGCAGCGGCCGCGGCUGCCAUUCAGCAGCAUCAGGCACAGGCCAUGCAUCACCAGCACAAUAACAACAACAAUGAGGACGACGAGGAUAACUUAAAGCCACUGGCCAAGAGGCAGCGCACCAACAGCGGCAGUGUGCUGGGCAGCGAAGAUCAGCCUGCAAACCUGACCUCUGCUCUACCACCUUCCUCGGAUUGUCAGGCCCUGGAGCGUUCGAGCAGCAGCAGCAAUGGAGUGGCCAUCGCAGGAACAGCGGCCAGCUCCUCCAGUGCCAACAACAACUGCGAGCUGCGCAUGUUCAUGGAUAUGCAGAGCAAGGAGCACAUGAUGCGCAUGAAGAUCCUGGAGGUGCAGUUGCAGGCGGCCAAGCACAGUCGCGAUCUGGUGGAGAUCAACAAGACGCUGGCGCUGCAGAAGCUGCAGGAGCUGGCCAGCAAGCGACUGCCCAGUUAGGAGGCAGUGCGGCAGGAAAAAAAGGAGCAGCAGCCCAUCACCGUUUCAUGUUACAUUAGUUUAUAGAAUUAAAACCAAUCGCCGGGGUCACGUUCGCAGGCAGAGGACGUGGCCGGGGGAUCGGCUAGAGUUAGCCCUAGAUUUAGACCUAAGUUGAAAGCAGCAGGAUCCACAGCUACACACCCCACACCCCCGACACAAUCACUCACACACGCAGAGAGACAUUCCUGGCAUUGUUGAUCAGUAUUUGAAAGCUAGAAGCGAAUCCCCCGACACCCCAACCAAGCGAGGAUCAGGAGGCGCUCGGAAGUAUGCCAUAAUCUUAUGAUGAAUCGCCUACCUCACAAGCACACACAUACACACAGCUACACACUCUUCUGGCCUAACCAGCACUUGACCAAGUCAAGUCAAGUUUAGUUAGUUACUAGUUUUAGUUCGUAUGGAACCACUCUCUCCAAGUUGCUCAACUACCACAAAUGUAUUGUACUUACGUUCUUGACUUCAGUUUACGUUCUGCUACCACCACUAACGAUUUAAACCAUUAUGAAAUAUUAAAAACGCACAAAUGAUUACUUUUCAUAGUCGUAAGAGAGAAGAACUCUAUAUAUGUAAAUGCAUCAUUACAAUCGGCAGUCGUCUCUGAUUUUGAUUCUUACUUGUACUUGUAUUUAUUUUUAUCUUUGUAUAGACUAUGUUGAUAUAUAUACGACCCUCCAUAUAUGUUUGUUUAAAUGCCAUAUUAAAUGAAAGUUCUUUUUUAAAUUUUAACUAUAUCUUAUUUUCCAUUUGCGCUGCAAACAACAAAUUGUUACCAUAUAUGAUAUAUGUACCGUACGUAUAAGCAAGUCCCCGCUAUGAAGAGGGGCUUCAGUUGUCGUAGAAGGCUUCUUUGUAAAGCGUGUAAAUGAAAGAUACAAAUUAUUUUAAAUAAAAUACAAACGAAAGAAAGAAACGAAAA